AUGAAAAUAUUUUGCAAUCUUGUAAUAUUAGUAUUUUUUUAUUUUCUGAACAAAAGUAUAGAUUCAUAUAAGAUAAGAGGAAAGUUAAAGAGUUAUAAGAAAAUAUUAUUCAAUGUUUUUAGUGAGACAAAUGAAUCAAAAAUAGAUAUAAUAGAAAAUGGCAUCAUCUUAAAAAAUAAGAAAAGAUAUUCAUUUAACCCUAUUAAAAGGAAUACUAUAAAAUAUAUUAAGAAAAAAAUAAAGCUUAAUGAGAAAAGGGAAAAAUUAAAAAAUAAUAAAUUCUUUAAAAGAAAAGAUAUACAUAAAUCUUUAAUUGAAAAUAUUAAGAAGGAAAGUAUAAAUGAACAGAUAAAGUCAUUGGGAAGUGAGAACACAAAUGAAGAUUUGAGUAAUCAAAACAUCUUGCCUUUACCAGUAGAUAAGUCAUCGGAAACAUACAAUUGUUUAAUAUUAUGUAAAGGAGUUCCAUUUCAUAUAGAUAAUAUUGAUAUUAAAAAUUUUUUUAAACCUUACAAAAUAAUAGAUAAAUAUAUUAUAUACAUUAGAGAUAAAAAAGGUAACUUUUUUGGAGAUGUAUUUGUAAGAUUUUUAAAUAAAGAACAAAAAUAUUUAGCCUUAAAAAAUAAAAAUUAUAAAUUUUUAUUGCAUAGAUAUAUACAAUUAUUUAAUAUUAAUGAAGAGCAUUAUGAAGAAUAUUUUAAUAUAGGUUAUAAAAAUCCUCCUUCAUAUAAAAAUUAUGUUCCUAUAAAAAAUAUAAUUGUUUCUAAUGAUUAUGAUUCUAAUGAAGAUAUUAGUACAUCUUAUUAUAGUUGUAAUAAAGAUAGUGAGACAGAAGAAUUAAGAGAUAAAAUUAAUAAGAAUGGCAUUCUCUUAAAAGAUAUAUAUACUGGUAAGAAAUUAAAAGGAAGAAUUACGUCAGUGCAUACAUAUGGUGUUUUUGUCGAUUGUGAUGUAUAUAUAAAAAAUAAAAAUAACAAGUAUAUAAAAAUUUUAGCAUUAUUACAUAAAAAUAAAUUAACAAUAAAUGUUGGUUUACCUUUUGAUCCAUUAUAUGAACAAGAAGAAAAAGAAUUAAUUCUGCAAAAAAAUAUGAAUAUAAUUGUGUAUGUUGAUAAAAUUAUUAAAAAAAAUGAAGAUUUCAACAUUUUAGAUAAUAACAAUAAAAAUAAUUUAAUUUUUUUUAAUUUAACCUUAGAUUCAUCUAUAACAGAAGAAAAAAUAGAAUGGCUUCAAAAAUUGAAGUCAAAAAGAGAUUAUAUUAGCAAAAUAAUUAACAAUAAUCACGAAUCAAAAAAAAAUACUAUAACGGAAAUUUCUAAUGAGUUACAUAUAAAUUCUAACAAUUAUAUGGGAAAACUACAAACAAAAGUGGGUGAUUUGCAAGAAAAUAGUGAUAAGAAUACAGGUGAAAAUAUGUAUAUAGAUGAAGAAAUGUUCACUGAAAAAUUUAAAAAUGAAGAUGAACAACUAUCCAAACCAACUGAAGUAAAUAAUGAAGAAGAUGUAAUAAAUGGAAAUUGUAAAUUUGUAGGUUAUGAGAAAAGCUAUGCUAAUAAUGAAAAUUUGAAUAUCAGAAAAAAAGAGGAAUUAAUGAAAGAAAAAAAUAAAAAGUAUAUAAAGGGUUCUAAAAAUAGGACAAGUAAAAUAUAUUUAAUGAGUAAUUUAAAUUAUAAAGAUAAUUAUAUUGAUAAGAAAUCGAAAAAACAAAAGGAAAUCAUAACACAAAAAAGUUUAAAUAGAGAAGGUAACGAAGUAAAUAAACAUACUGUGCAUACAAAGAAAAACUAUAAAUCAACUGUAAAAAACAUAAAAAAAAAAAAAAAAGAAAACUUAAAUACAAGUUAUGAAGAAUAUGAAAAAUUUGAUGAUAUAUUUACACUUGAUUUAUUUAAUGAAAAGGAAGAAAAUUCAAAAAAAGGAAUUGAGGAAGAAAAUAUUAAUGAAACACAUACAGACAAAAAUACAAAAGAUAAGGAAGGAAUAAUGAAUAAAGAGUCAAAGAAAGAAAUAGAUGAAAAAUAUGUUGAUGAAAUGAGUAGUAUUUUAAAGAAUAUUUACAGUAGUAAUAAAGAAAAAAAUGCUUCUGAAAAUCAUAUAGUUUGUAGCUCAAAAAAAAAAGAAGCUGAAGAAAAAAAAAAGAAAAUGAUAAAGGCUUCCAAAAAUUUAAACUAUGAGUAUAACAAUAAUAGUAGUUUUAUGAAUAAAAAUGAAAAUACAAAUAUAGGAAAUUUUGAAGAAACAUGCAAUAGAGAAAAGUGGAAAAAUGAUAUUAGGAGAGAAGAAUCACUAUUUUAUUCUAAACUUUUUGGAUCUAACUCUGAUAUUAAUGAUUUUUAUUCAAAUAAUACAAAAAAAACUAGUACAAAUGAAAAAUGUAAGAAAUUAAAUGGUAUUGAAGAACAAAUAAACUUAAAUGAAGAUGAAUUUAAAUAUGGAAAUAUAAAUUGCAAAAAUUCAUCUUUAGAAUGUGAAGAAAAUUUAGAAAAUAGAGAAAAAAAAGACAAUGAGGAAAAAGAAAAAGGAAUAGAAGUAAGAAUGAAACAUAUGUUGAGUAAUGAGGAAUUGAAUGAAAGCAAAGUUAAUUUAAAUUAUGCUAUAAACAACAAUAACGAUUUUCUUGAUUUCUCCGAUUUUUCUAAAUUAUCAUUGGAAGAAUUAAAAAAAGAAAUUUACAAAAGAAAUUAUUUGUUACCUAUAGAAAUAUCAACGGAUAGCUUAAGAAAUCGCUUGGUACAAAUAUGCAUUUGCGAAAAAAACAAUAUUGAUUUUGAUAAUUUUCCAAUUAUUAGGUAUUAUUUAUUUGAUUUCUAUUUGCCAAUCGAAGAGAUUAAAACGCUAAUAUUAUUGAACAGAAAAUUUUUGAAUAAAAAAAAUAUAGAUAAAAAAUUUUUAGACACAUUAAAAAUAAAUGAAUUAAAGUAUUUGUUACAUAAAGCUAUGGAAAAUUUUCGUUUGUGGGAACCAGAUGAUUCUAUUAAAAGAAAAAUUCUAAAUUCUAAUGAAGACUUAUUACGAAAGCAAAAUUUGAAUAAUGUUGAUAAUAUAAAUAAAAAAAAUUUAAUUAUAUUAUGGAAUGAUUUUAAGGAUUUUAUGUUAAAUUAUGUUUACCGUUUUGAUGCUAAAUAUGAUCCUUAUGAUAACAUUGGUAAAAGUGAAGAAAAUUACAAAAUCACUUCAGUCAAUAAUAUAAAUAAUAGUGAUAUAAAAAUGAAUAAUUAUAUAAAAAGGAUAAAAAAAAUGGAUAAAGAAAAUUUUUUUUUCAGUAGUGAAAAAUCUUUCAUUGAAAAUUUAGAAAAACAAAAAAAUAAAGAACAAAAAGAUUCAUUUGAAAAUGCAUUAACUAUGUUAAAUGAAACUGAUGGAAAAGAAAAUGAAUUACCUGAUAAAAUUAAUUUGAAAGAAGCAAUGAAACUUUUAAAUAAUAGAACAUUUCAAAAAAAAGUAAAAAGCUACCUUAACGAUAAAUCAAAUGAUAAAGAAAAUCAAGACUACAUAAAAAAAAUUAUUCGUUUUAUUAUAAAGCACAAGAAUUAUUUUAAAGAAAAUUUAAAUGAAGAAAUUUUAAAAAAAAAAUCCUAUGAAGAACUAAUUGUUAUGUUAGAUCAAUUACCAAUUGAAGUUAUAGAAGAAUUGCUAUGA